CUGGGUUUGACUCCAUUCCAGCAUAAAAAUAGCUGCCUGCGAGGCGGGCUGUUCUUCCAAACUUCUCGCCGGGUCACGUGUAGCGCCCGCCCCCCGACCGACCCGAAACGCUUGUAAUCUCCAGACGGCGGGCGGCGAUUCAUCACACCUUGUCAGCUUCCCUCCAGCAACACAUCGACCUACUCCACCUUCACCACUACAUCAACCUCACUAUCUCACCACUUUUUUUGUAUCUCGAAGUUGUACAUUUGAUUAUCCACUUCCGCAUCACGACUUUACGCCCACUUGCUAGACUUGUUGCUGCGAUCUCCCCCCUCACCCCCCUGCGGAAGGAACAAACAACAGACUUCAUCUCCAACACGGCAGUUUGGUGAUUUACCAGGCCCGACUCCUUGUUCAUCACAUAAAAUUGACUCCAUCGCGCAUUGCAACCAUGUCUGAGCAGCCUUACGACCCUUACAUUCCGUCUGGUUCCAACGGACCCAGCGCUACCGCCGCGCAAAAUGGCGACCCCCGGACGAGAGAAAUCGACAAGAAAAUCCAAGAAACUGUCGAUACGAUGCGUUCGAACAUCUUCAAGGUCUCGGAGCGUGGCGAGCGCCUUGACUCGCUGCAGGACAAGACCGAUAAUCUGGCAGUAUCAGCCCAGGGUUUCCGCCGUGGCGCCAAUCGCGUGCGGAAACAGAUGUGGUGGAAAGACAUGAAGAUGCGCGUAUGCUUGAUCAUCUGUGUCAUUAUUUUGCUUGUAGUGAUUAUCGUCCCUACUGUGAUCACCACCAGGCACUAAAUUACGAACGCAGCGACAGUCAUGAUUGUCUUGGGAAUGGAUGACGUUUUUUUCUCCUGUUUCACUUGGUCCUGGUUAUUUGUGUUGUGCCCAUGAAGCUUUCGUUUCCAGCUACUAAUACCUCUUUGCUUUUUCUCGGGCGUCGAACUAUCCUUGUUCUCACGAAUGAAGUCUUCUUGCCUCGGUGACACCAUUGAAUGCAAUGGGCUGCUCUGGGGGUCCCGAGGCUAUGCCACAUGAAUCCAUCGACAGUGAAGAUGUAAAUGAUACUCUGGUUCUCGCUCAUGUCCUAGUAUAUCAGUGCUCUUUGUGUUUCUCCCUUCGUUUCCUGCGAUACCUUGACGGGUAUACCUUAUGUUGUGUUGCUGCGUGUUCCUCGUUCUUUAGCCCUCUCAAUGAAACAAUUAUCCUCCGGAU